AUGUUGAGUCCACUGUGUACGGUGUUUGUGUAUUGCAUGUAUCGAAAGCGGCAAAGCGCUAAAAAGAGAAAAUUGCCACGUUUUGGACCGUGGACGCUCUCGCAUUCAAGGCAUUCCAUCCUUGAGACGAAUAUCCUUUAUCGCCAGCCCAUUGAAUUUCGAACUCCACAAACCGAGGAAGAAUGGCUAAUUCCCAGUGAUGAUGUCAGCGUCGGCGGUGUAAUUGGAGAGGGAGCAUUUGGCCUGGUUUGUAAGGGCACAAUGAGCGGUCCGAAAGGAAUGGCGGUUCGAGUUGCGAUCAAACAGUUGAAGACGAAUGCCAUCGACGAAGAGCGUGAGGAAUUUCUACGUGAAAUGGACAUCAUGAAACAGGUCGGUCGUCACCCAAAUAUCGUGACGAUGUAUGGACUCUGUGAAGAACCGGAUUUUCAGUGUAUGGUGAUGGAGUAUGUGCCUUUUGGCGACCUUAAGCACUACCUGCAGAACCUUAGAAAGCAGACUAUAAAAGGAGGCCGUCAAGAGCGAGGCGAGAAAAAUCCUCGUCUGCUUGACGAUGACGAACAGUUGUUCAUUAGUUGUGUCACAACUCAUCAA